GAUUUAAGUCUGUAUGAAAUGAGAGCUUUGACAUCUCAGAGGGUGAAGUUUACCAUGGGUCUUCCUCUGUUAAAAUGUGCAGUUCAGGAACAGGCAGAGAAAACAAAGAAUUUUGUCGGUCGAACCCUGGUCCUAGGAGAAGUCCUCUCCAUCGUGGACAUGGCCACAGGUGUGAAGUGUGGAAUAAUUUUUUGGCUAUUUGGUGGUGCCAUCAGGAAUCUCGGAAGCCCGGGACACGUAAUGAAGUGGCUUCGGCCACUCCAGGAGCAGAAGUACAUAGGGAUGUUCGCGAUGACCGAGAGGGGCCAUGGGAGCAACAUGAGAGGGAUCCAGACGGAAUCCACCUUCGACCUCUCUGCACAGGAGUUUGUCAUCAACACACCAUGAGAAAAUGCUGAAAACGCGCUGCAUGGGAAUUACGCGGCGGUCUUUGCCCAGCUCAUCCUAAACGGAAGAUCUCAAGGGUCCCACUGUUUCAUCGUUCCUGUCCGUGAUGAAAAGGGAAGCAUGUACCCAGGAGUGACAGCUAUUGAUAUGAUGUAUAAAGAAGGUCUGCACGGUGUGGAUAAUGGGAUUUUGCGAUUUGACAAGGUUCGGAUACCGAGGGAGAACCUGCUGGAUAAGUUCGGUUCCGUGGCUCCAGAUGGGCAGUACCACUCCCCCAUUAAGGACAGGAGAGCGAGAUUCAAUGCGAUGCUGGCGGCGCUGACCCCUGCGAGACUAGCUGUGACUUUCCAAGCUAUGGGCUCUAUGAAGAGGGCCGGAUGGGUGUUCAGUUCUGAAGAGCCAGGUCCGGAGUGGCUCAGCUGGUCCCCUGAGCUGAGCCGUCUGCAUCACCGGAGGCAGUUCGGGCCCAAAGCCAAGGAAGAGGUCAGAAUUAUUGAGCACCAAAUGCAAACCCUGCAGCUGAUGCCUCACCUGGCCACAGCCUUGGCCCUGACCUUCACCAGCAGGUUUGCUGGCGUCCUUCUGGACGAGGACAUCUUCCUGGGGAAGGAGCCUGUCAACAGUCGCCCGCUGCAGGUGCUAGUGGUGGGGCUGAAGGCCUACAGCACCUGGGAGAACAUCAGCUGCCUGCAGGACUGCCGGGAGCGCACUGGAGGCAUGGGUUACAUGAUGGAAAACCGAAUCUCAGGCUUGAAAUGUGACACAGAUGUGUUCGUAACUUUUGAAGGUGACAAUGUUGUUAUGCUGCAGGUUGUGGUACGGGAGCUGCUGGCUCAGUACAGCAAACAGUGUGAAGAAAGACCGCUCUCGAGCCUGCUCCGAAACUGGGCCGACUCGGUGGGUGACAAGCUGAGAACCAGUUUCCUGGCAUUUAACGUGGACACAGUCAGCAAUCUCGCCUUCCUGUUGAAAGCAGUGAAUUUUCGCGAAAGGGUUCUCCAGCGGGGUUUGGUGGCCAGAAUUUAUUACAAGGUGACAACCAAGAAGGAGGACUUCUUCAGUGCCUGGAACUCGUGUCUUCACCACAUCACCUGCCUGUCUCUGGCGCACAUUCACAGAGUUACCUUAGAGCAGUUCUCCCUGGCUGUGAGGAGCUGCCCCGACCAAGAGGACCAGGCUCUGUUGAAGAAGUUUUGUCUGUUAUAUGGAACCAAGCUGGUGUUCCAGGAGCGAGCCUGGUAUCUGGAACAUAAAUAUUUGACACCGGUGGCCAGCAUGAGGAUUAGGAGCCAGUUGCUCGAUUUAUGCGACUCAGUGAAAGACGAUGCCCUGAGGGUGAUCUCCGCCUUUAACAUCCCACACACCUCCCCGCACUCACCAGUCGCUGGAAUCACCAACUCGAUGGCCGCCUGGAAGGCACCGCUGCAUCCCCUGGCCGCGAAGGGGGCUCGCUCUCGGGGGCCCAAGCUGAGAGCCAAGUUAUAGCGGGUGUGGUGGGAAGAGUGGUGGCGCGCCGGCAGCCGCCGCGACGCUUCUCAGACGCCCAGAGCCGGGGUCCGAGGCUGGUUGGCACGCGGCCCUCAGGGAUUUUGGUCAUGGGGGGGGGUCCCCGCUGAGGCUGGCGAGGUUCUCUACGCUGCUGGGAAAGGGAGCCGGGGAGCCGGGCUGCAGCCCCGGGAGUGCAGCAUUUUACGCUCUUUCUGUAACCCUGCCGGGCGGGGCCACGACCUCUGCCCCGUUAGGCACCAGAUCCCCCUAGACUGAGUGGGCUCCCCUUUGAGUGUGCCCCAGAGUCGGUCGCCACCAAAGGCCUCCCUCUGUCAGUGUGACUCAGAUUCCCAGUGAUUUGGGAAGACUGUGGUGCUGGGUCGGAAAAAAAAAUCAAAGCACAAAAAGCAAACACCCACGGGCAAAGGUUCAGUUCAGCGAGUGAUGCUUUUCCAGUGAAUCAGGCCCCCUUGGGCUCUGUGAUGAAACACAUGGUUGGGGAGAGGGGAGUGUGAGCUUGGAGUUUUGCUCUGGGCAAAGUAGAAUUCGGGCUCGUCCCUCCAGGCCGGCAGCUUCCGGAUGGACUGUAAGACAACGCUGGGAAAACAGUUUUACUAAAUGAAAGUGUCAUCUAUUCUUGAGAAGAGCACAGAUACAGAUAAAGUUUAAUAAAGAAAUUAAGCUUU